ACAGUCGUUCAUUCUUCAUUUUGACGCAUCACAGAAAGGUUGCGAAAAUUUUCACCGCGUACAAUUUUUCGUCGGAAAUCCGUGGAAAUGUGCUAAAUUCGAUCCGUUCAGUGCUUUCAUCGUGUAGUGCUCGCUCGGUACCGUCGGAAGAAGGUCGUUUCGUGCCGAAAUGACGCAAUAUUUACCCCCAAAUUUGCUGGCAUUGUUUGCCCCACGCGAUCCGAUCCCGUUUCUGCCCCCUCCGGAUAAGCUUCCGCACGAGAAAAAAUCCCAGGGCUAUGCCGGCGUCGGUGCGUUUCUGGAUCUGUUUGAGGACCCCAAGGAUACUCCGCCACCAACUCGAGUUGAGACCCGGGAGGAGCGUAUCGAACGACGUCGCCGAGAACGCGCGGAACAGGUAGCGUACAAACUCGAACGGGAAAUUGCCACCUGGGACCCGAACCAGCUUGCCGAUGCUACAGCAGAUCCGUUCAAGACGCUCUUCGUUGCCAGAAUUAAUUAUGACACUUCUGAAUCUAAGCUGCGCCGUGAGUUUGAAAUAUAUGGUAAAAUCGUAAAAAUUAUUAUCAUACAUGACAAGGAGACCGGAAAACCUAGAGGAUACGCCUUUAUUGAGUAUGAACAUGAAAGGGACAUGCACUCCGCCUACAAGCAUGCUGAUGGUAAGAAAAUCGAUGGUAAGCGAGUGCUGGUCGAUGUGGAGCGCGCCCGCACAGUAAAGGGCUGGCUUCCGCGUCGUCUGGGCGGAGGACUAGGUGGAACUCGUCGUGGCGGAGCUGACGUCAAUAUCAAGCACUCCGGUCGAGAGGAUAACGAGCGGGAACGCGAACGGUACCGUUUGGAGCGCGAACGAGAGGAUCGUGACCGACGGGGCGAUCGGUUCGAACCACGAUUCGACCGUCGUCGUUCACGAUCCCGUGAUCGCGACCGCCGCCGCCGUAGUCGCUCAAAGGAUCGCGGUCGACGCCGACACAGUCGCGAGCGCGAAUAUGACGACCGUUGGGAUAAGGAACGAGAUCGCAGCCGCGAGAAGGAUCGCGAUCGAGACCGCGAGCGUGAUCGCGACCGUACCGAUCGUGAUCGUGAUCGCGAGAAGAAGCGCAGGCGCAGUCGUAGCCGAUCGCGCGAUCGCGAUCGUGAUCGUUCCGAGAAGAAACGCGACAAGCGCGACAAAGACCGCGAUCGGGAGCGCAAAGAACGCAAACCGGAGUUCCGCGAAGGAGAGAUCAAGAUCAAGGAGGAACCGUUGGAUGAUUAUCCGGACUACAGUGCCCAGUAUACAAACUACCAGGCCCAGGUCAAAAACGAGGAUGACGAAGAGAAGUACCGCCCGCACGAGGAUGAAGAUCAGAACGGAGCAUCUCGGGUGCGCAGCGGUGGCGGCGGUGGUGCUGGUGCUGGCGCUGGAGAAAAUGGCAGCCGGUAUGGCGCCGUUGGCCGUGAUGACGAGGCCUAUGACGAUCGGUAUGACGGUUAUUAGGUUGAGUGGGACGACGAAUUCUCUUAACGAAGUCUUCUCAAAAUUGAUUCUAAAAUUUUCCACAUGCAUUUUGCACUAACUUCAAAGAUUACUAGGUGGCAAUUAUUUGACUUAUUUUCCAAUCGGUUUGCAGUCAAGCGUGCACAUCAAAGGUUAAGUAUUGUUCGUAAGUUUAUAACAUUUUUAAACUGUAUGGCGUUUCGCAGGUUAAGUAUGAAAAGAAACUCAAAUACUUAGGUUUUAACAUCAUUCAGAAUCAUCUGAAUGCUGCUGAUCCUGCUAGAGCAAAACACACUUGAAUGGUAAUUUUCGAAGUAAGUAAUGUGGUAAAAUUUAUUUAUAAAACAUUUGUCUGGUAAGAAGGGUUCGCCGAUUUGAACUAUUUGAAAUUAGCAUUGACCUCUCUGCGAUUGGCUGAUGUGGACUAGUUUUCCUUUUAGUGAAUAGGAUGGGACGUUUGGGUAACCCGACGUAAGUAAUAUUCUGAAUACAAUCGUCUUGAUCGAUCGUCCAACAAA